AUGGAUGAUCCAAAACCCAAGAAACUCACCCUCUCCUGUUCCCGGUGUCGUACCGCUAAGUUAAAAUGUGAUCGCAAAGAGCCCUGUUUGGAGUGCAUAAAGCGCGACUGCGCUCACCUCUGUACCAAAGAUGUGCGUCAGCCGAGAGCCAAGCGCACUAAAACCCAACAAACAGAGCAAAAAGAUAACCAGGUCAAUUCAAAAAAAGAGGAACAGCCUGAAGUAGAAGAAACAGCGCUGGCUUUGGAGCAUUUUGUGGAUGUCACCCCUUUUCGCACUGAAUCAGAGGGCGUGGCGCCUGAUAUCCCUAAUCCAUACUGGGUGACGCAAAGCCCGCACAGGGACAAGCAAAAAUUUGAACUGAUACGAGAUGUGAUUCAAACUCUACCAGAAUGGGAUGUCAUUCAAACUCUGUAUGAGAUCUUUGUCAUACGUUGCCAGGGCCCACUAGGAAAUGUUGUGCACACCCCGAGCUUCAUGAAGCAAGCCGAUCAAUUGUCCCAAUGUUUAAACUCACCCUACCCUGAUGCGGCUAUUGCCACUACAAUACCAUUAGAUUCUCUUGCUGUUUUACUUCUCGCGCUAGUGCUUGGUCUUGCAUUCCAUCCAACGCCAUCCCUUAUAGGAUUUCAGUCCACUCCUCAGACAUCUCGUGUGGAGCAACUUCGUGCCUCUGAAGAGUCUACCUCCACGUGGCGGUUCCUUGGUCUCCGCUGUCUCCGGGGAAGUAUUUCCGUAUUUUGUGGCUCUAUCGCAAGUUUGCAGGCAGCCGUCAUGCUUUUGUUAGAUGCAAAAGAGUCCUCAAUAGAGCUUGACGCACUAAUAGUCACAGCAAUUGCAGGCGCGCGCAAACUUGGACUGCAUCAAUUGGGCAACGCCGCCUUGAAUGAUUCGUCACCUUCGAAUGAUGGCCCUGCGAUCGUCGAGUCGCGAAUUCGCACUGAGAUCGCUAUUCGCAUUUGGUGGGCUCUCGUCAUGAGAGACUGGUCGCGUGGACAAGCUCUUGGCUACUAUACCAUCCGCCCCUCGCAGUUUAAUACCAGGAUGCCAUUGCACCUUAACGAUGAAGAUAUUUACGUUGAAAACGGUAUACCAAUCGAGCGACCUAGGUCCGAAUUUACGAUGCUCUCUUAUACGGUGCACGCUUUAGAGCUAUCUGUCAUUGUGCGAGAAUCGAUUGACCUUAAAGAUGCUGGGAAUGAAGCUGCCAGGCAGCGUCAAGAUCUCAAUCGAAAAUACGAGAAUUAUGUGGCUAACUUGCCCUCUUAUUUCCGAUUGGGGAGUACCGUCGGUAUCACAGCCGUGGGCCCCAUGGCCGGCAUUCCACCCAAGCGAUUCAUGCUCCAUCAACAAUUGUGGAGUCUACUCCUUCGCCUCCAUCGUUCCAAUAUUAUAUCCCCAAUGGGACGUGCAUUCUGCCAACAGCUGGCUCAUAAUAUUAUCAGUACCCAAGUUCAGAUUCAAUCCCGGUGUGCGGUUUGUGGCUCUUUGAGUAGUAACGAAACGCAAAUUUUCAGUGCGACCGUUGUUUUGGUAUUGGGGUUGUUAUUUAGCAACCCGUCAACCGAGGUCGAGCAAUCAAGUGCCCAGCUCAGUCGGCUAAUGACACGCGAUCAAAUUCGAGAAGCCAUUGAGUUACUGCGUACGAGAGGCUCACCGAAGAUAAACCCCGAAGAAAAUGUGCAGCUACUUCACAGCGGGGCGUCGCGAGGUGUUUUGGCUCUUGAAGCACUAAUGAAGUUGGAGGAGAGAUCAGGGAGCAGUUUCAAUCGUGACGAGGGAGAAAGCCAAAAUCAUUCCCUUUAUCACCAGGUGGUAGGGAUUCUCAAGACUUUGAAUGGCUCCCUCGCACUAUCUACACACAUACCGAGUCUAUCGACACCUGGGGAUACGCCUUUGACUUUCUCUAUGCCUGCCACAGAUGAGUUUUCUGAUUUAGAUGUCAUGCCCAUUCUUUCUAAUGGUAUGACUCCUGAUAUGUGGGACCUGUUGGAUUUCUAUCCACCAGACGAUGAGGAUAAUUUCAAAAGCGCAAUUGCCUCAUGGGAUUUGCCAGAGUGA